AUGGAAGAUGCACAAAAUAAUGCAGAAGAAGAUUACAUAGAAUUGGAGGUAAUUAGUUCAUCAAAUUCCACCAUUUCUUUAUUCCAUUUCAAAACCAACUCUCCACCACAAGCAGCAAGAUCAUCAGAAUUUGAAUUCCAAAUGUUGCCUAGUAAUUUUAUUGAUAGUAAGGUCACUAAUAAUUCAAUAUCUACAGCUGAUGAGCUCUUUUACAAUGGAAAACUCCUCCCACUUCACCUCCCUUUUCGUUUACAAAUGCUUGAGAAUAUCCUUCACAAUCCAAGCAAAAAAAAAUCUCUUCAUAUUAGCAAAAGUUUUGAUGAUCUUGAACAUUCUUUUAACACCCCAUUUUCCCAAUCUUGUCAUGUUAGUAGGGAACUCAAUAAUCAAGAAGAUUACUUCUUUGGCUAUUCAACAGAUGAUGAAAUUAGUUCAAGAAAAUCAAAGUGGACUUCAAGAAAGCUUAGGCUUAUCAAGAACUUCUCAUUUGAUUCAAAAGUUAAGUCUUCCAAAGGUUAUCUCAAGUGUUUGAUUAAUAAUAGUGUUAAAUUAGUAGCCAAGAAUGAAAUAUUUGGGAAAAUUAUUCAUAAUAAAGGUGCAUUAAAUCAAAGAAAGUCAUCAUUCUCAGGAGCUAUUAAAAGAUUCUUAUCAUCUAAAUCUUCUUCUUCUACUUCUUCUGGCUCCUCAAACAAUUCAAAUGGGAUUAAUCAAGAUGUGCAUAAUUUGUUAAUGAGAAGCAGAAAUGUGUAUUAUUCAGAGGUUGAAGAUGAGAACCCAAUUCAGGCUGCAAUUGCUCACUGUAAAAAUUCUCAACAACAGAAGUUCCAUUCAAGAAAGAGUAAUGUAACUGACCUUGGACUUGGCAGCUCAGUGUCAGCUUCCAAGUUGAUCUUUCAAGAACAAGAAAGAUAA